GUGCCUUUUCAACCUCCCUGGGAAGUCUCUCGCUCACUAAACCCCUUCUCUCAAAAACCCCUCGCCGCCAAAAUUUUGCCGGCGACAGUGCCGUCGUCAAUUUAUGCCCUAACCCCCACUUCAAUUUCUACUUCAAGUGCAAAAAAAUUCUCAUACUCAAAUUCAUAUAUAUUUUUGUUCAUUUGGUAAAAAAUUUCAAAUAUUCAUUCCCUACUUUUCAGGUUUGCUUCUUUAAAAUCUUUGCCCUUGUUAAGACGGGGUUAUCCUACCGUUGUUUUGGUUGAUACAUGACUUCUCAUUGAAGUUACUUGAGGGGGCUCUCUUGAAGAAAGCAAACUAGUCGUUCGGUUUUUCGUUUUCCCUUUUACGCUUUCUUUCUUAAGAAAUUGUGGAGCCACUUAUUAAUCGAUCAGUCAGUCUUUGUUCUUGAAUCAGGAACCGUCAGUGGUAAAAGAAGAAUGUCUCAUUAUCGUGUAGCAGCUCUGCACAAACUCCUAAGAAAUGCCAUUGGGAUUAGCUGCACCGGCAUAUCUUCCUCCACUAGAACUCCCGCUGUAAAUGGCCUCUACUGUCGGCGUCUUCUUCAGCCGUUGUCAUAUUCACCUUCCCGAUAUUAUUGCGCCAAUCAUGUCCCAAAUAUCAACCCGGUUGCCCUGCAAAUGAUUGAUUAUGCUCUUGGCCUUGCUCGCUCUCAGAAAACUGAUGAAUCAUACGGGGAAGCUUUGCUGGUACUGGAGCAGGGUCUAUCUUCUCAAUCACAAGGAGGACCAGAUGCUACUAUAGAGAAUACCAAGGGGGUGAUUUUACUUGCUAUUUCUAGUCUAUUGUCUGAAAGGGGGAAUAUUGAUGAAGCUAUGCAAGCCUUGCUGAUGAUCCAGGAUUUAAGUAGUUCUUAUGUUGGUGUAAGAGUUGCUGCAAUGGAAGCACUUGUUGGGCUCAAUUUAGAAAUCGGUUUGGAUGAUACCUCAUCAGUGCUCGCAGAUAAAUGUUUGAAACUAUUGGAGCAUGAAAGCUUGGAGACUGGUGAUGAGCGUGGCUAUAAAGUUUUUAGUGCACGUUCUAAAGCCAUUAAAGGCUUGGUUGAGAUAGUUCAUGGAAAUAUGGAAUCAGCGAAGGGAUUCUUUGAAGGUUGUCUAGAUGAGGGCUGCAUUGGCAAUGCAUCUCUGUCAUAUGGUGAAUUCUUGCAUGCUAAGCGGGACUUCAAUGCUGCAAAGGAGUUGUAUCAGAAGGCAAUUGCUGAAUCAUCUGAGAAGAAGGAUUUCAAUUAUCCAUAUGACUUGGGGGCAUGCAAUAUGUCACCAGAAGAAGUUCUGUUGGCAGCCACAUGCGCUUUGGGGCAGCUUGAGUCUCAUUUGGGGAAUUUUGGGGAUGCAGAAUUGAUUUUGACGAGGGCAUUGAAGAAAGCAGAAGAAUAUUUCGGCACACACCAUCCUAAAGUGGGAGCUGUAUUAACUUGCAUAGCACUCCUGUAUCGACAGAAAGCAAUUGCCGAACGCUCAAGUUCUCUCUUGAUACAAGAGGGACUCUACAGGAAGGCUAUAGAUAUGCUAAAAGCUCCUCCAUUAGAGACAGAUGAUGCAAAAGCAAAUGUGGAGCAUGUUCGAGAAAACGUGGAUAAAAGGGAUGUAGUUGCCCUUGCCAGAGGGGGGUAUGGUGAAGUACUUUGCGUCCAGCAAAACAGAAAUGAUGAAGGAGAAAGAAUGCAGAAAUGGGCAGAGGCUUGGUGGAGAAAUCGUCGGCUAUCACUUGCUGAAGCACUUGACAUAUCCAAGUCUUCUUCCAAAGUCCUGGUACUUGAUACUCGGAUAUGCAGAGCACUUUAGAUGCUGAAACUUCCUUCUGUAUCACAGGAUCUGUGCAUCUCUAGAUGCUGUACAAAAUAAAUCAUGCAACUAAUUUUGUCUUUGCUGCCUGAUUUGUACCAUUCUACAUUUCUACUGUCAUAUGGGGUAAAUGAGAACUUGUGUUUAUUUUAUGGCCUCUCUGCACAAGUAGUUAAGUACAUGGCAAUUUUUGAUUUAGUGGGUAAUGGGAAACUUUCUUGCUGAUCUGUUUUAAGCCAUGUCUAGUCCGAAAUAAUUCUAUGAAACUGAUGUCUAUCAUAAAGAAUGAUUUCCUGUACAUUUUCAAGUGCUGUGGUAUAUAUAUUUCUGAAUUGAACUUCCUUUGU